AUGUCACCUCCCAACUCUCGGCCUCCAUUAACAUCACGAAUCCGCGCCUCCUUUGAAGGCCGACGUCACAAGGCUGAACUCUCAAGUCCUACCAGCCCGAAAUCCCAGGACAAUGAAUCCAUACGAACGAUAGUCGAACAAGUUAUAAAUACGCAGCCCUUUCAGGCUGCGAUUGCUACCAACCUUGCGCAGCUCAUAAAGCCCAAUAUCAAAGAUGCUUUGGACACCAUACAGCCACUCGUGGAAGCGGUAUAUGCGCAUGAAGUUCUUCUGAGGAAAACUAACUUCAGCGUGGAGAACCUUCUUACAAAGCUUGAGACAGAUGUCCUUCGCCCAAAAUCGAACAGUACAUCCAUAGCCGAAAGUGAUAGUGAUAGAAUUGUUUUGCCACACAUUCGUCAUAACUCUGAAUCCAACUCGAAAGCAUCAGAAAAUAAUUAUGGAUCAAGCAACCUAGACAAAAACAGCUUAGGCAAAACAGUGAACGCGAAUAAAGAUGUAAUCACUGAUUCAAUCGAAGGGGCUCAAUAUCCUACUCUGACCGCUGAAACUUUUCUCCAAGAUAUUUUGCCCAUAAAACAACAAAUCAAGGAUCUCGAAUUAAACACAGAGCAUAGCAAAAGCAACAUGGAUCUCAUGGAGGAAAAACUCGAUGAGAUAAAAAGCGAUCUAUCAAUCGUAAUAUCCAUGAUAUCAGAGGAAAAAGGUGGUACCAGGGCUAGUCUUGAUAGCUUAAAAGGAAGCCGUACAUCUUUAGAAGACCAUAAUUAUGCAGGAAAUAGGCGUAGAGAUGGGCUGAGUAGGUCACCCACACAAGGCAGCGAUAGCACUAUAACUAUGAAAAAGAAAUAUAUCAAAGAGCCAAAACAAAAGGUUUGUAAAGAUAAAUCUCAUGAUUCUAAUGCGUCACAAGAACUUUCGGUAGUUGAGACCAGGUCGAGAUCCCCCAGUGACUCACUUCAUACCCAGACCCUAAAGAAACUCGAACUUGAGAUUGCAAACCUAAAGGAAAGCUUUGAUAGUAAUAUGGCGUCUAAUGAUGAACGAAUUUCUACAGUGCUUGCAACGCUUGAGAAUCACCCGCAGACACCUGAUAAUUAUUUUGUAAAAGCUAUUGAAAAAUUAAAUACCAAUCAGGAAUCUCAACACUUAGCCCUGUGUACUUUACUAACAGAAAGAAUAACACUGGCUAGGAAUAAAGAGUUUGAAGAGUUGGGACAAAAACUAGCCCAACUUCAAGAUCAAUUAAAAGGUCCCGAUGUGAUCCUUGAAGAUAUUAGAUCAUCUAAUGCUCUCCACAAUAAUGCUCUGGUAAAUCAAACUUCUGCUUUGCAUGAGAUAAAGACCAACAUGGCCUCAUAUGAUACCAAACUUGAGCAACAUAGUGAAGCCAUCACAAGGCUCAUUACGAUAAGCUCAGAACCAUCAUCUAUCGUGACUGCAGAUAACAGUGGCUUAGAACAACAGGUCACUUCCCUGAUUGACACUCUUAAUUCACACACAUCUGAAUUCGUGGAGAUUAAAGCCGCUAAUGCUGCUCAUGCCAAAGUUCUAAAAAAUAAUACAGCAAAUUUAGAACAAAUCAAGGCAGAUAUUGAAUCGUACACGACUACUAUCCAGAAUAACAUUGAGCUCUUUGAUGAAACUAUACGAGAAGCCUUGGCAUCAACCCAGCUCACUUACAACAAUUCAAUUGCACUUGGAGAUCAAAUUAUGUCCAUAAAAGCUAAUGUUGAUUCCCAAAAACCAUGUCUAGAUAAAUUCAAGCUUGAGACUGAGUUUAACAACAACCAAAAAUUUGAUUUAGUCGAAUCAGAAAUAAAAGUUAUUACUGACACACUUCUUUCACAUAGUUCUCUUCUCGAUCAGAUCCUGAGUAAAUGUUCUACCCACAAUGUAGCUCUACAAACAGUUAAUGACAUGAAGGAAUUUUUCAAAUCCGAAUUCCAUGAAAUUAAGCAAAGCAAUGAUGCGAACUCGAGGACUUUAGGUAGCAUGAAAAGCAACCAUGAAAACAACAUAGACGUGAUAAAUCAAGUAAAUGUAUGGGGCUUAUCAUUUAACCAAGAUAUGAAGGAUAUCAAGAGUCUACAGGAGUCUUAUGCUAGAACAUCUAGUGAUAAUCAACAGAAAAAUUUCGAAAUCUUCAAUAUUCUUAAAAGCAUAAAAGAUUCACAUGAGCUCCAUAAUGAUAUUAUUUCCGGCAUCAAGGAAGAGAUAGAUUGCUCUGCCUCUGACUUGAAAAUGAUCCAGGCUUUUCAUAAAUCUCACGAGGGUGCUAUUUUAGACAUGAAAACUUCUAUCGAUUUCACAAACACAACCUUCGGAGUAAAGCUUGAAUCCAUAGAAUCUACCGUAUCGGAAAACAGCACACAACUCGAAUUACUAAAGGGAAUCGUGCAAAAUAUAAAGCAGGAUAUUACUCUCGACUUCGAACCGGAAAAAAUACAUAAAAUCCUUGAAAUGAUUGUCGAAAGUCUCGCAGCUCAUUCUGUUCUUCUCGGUGAAAUAAAAGAGGAUGUCUGUGCAGAAAUAUUGACAUCUCUGCAUGAUAUUGAGCGUGUAAUUCAAUCAAAUUCUAAUCUACUUGCUGAUACGCAACAAGUUGAUGUAAAUGCUGAAAUCCUGACACUACUGCACACAAUAAAUGAGGACUACUCUACAAUUCCUCCCUCUUUAUCUGAGAUCAGGGAUCAUUGUGAUAACCCAAAGCCUUCAUCAGUUGCUAUCGCUCUAAUUCAAAAAAGAUUUGCCGACAUUGAGAGUGCUAUGUCUGAACACCUCAAUCACCUCAUUUCUCUCAGUAGCUUUGCUGACUCAUCGAAAAAAUACGAAGACAUAAAAUUAUCCAAGUUAAAAGAAGUAGAAUCUUAUUCUGAAGAAAUUCUAGGAACGAGCAAAGAAUCUGCAUCUAAAAUAAAUGAUAUCAUUCUCAAAUUAGAUGGCCAAAAUAUAGCCAUAGAUAUGCUCAAUCAAAAAUCAUCCAACCAAACUUUCCUAAAACUUUUGAACACUCUGCAAUCAACGAAUGAAAUUUCUUUAAUUAAGAUCGAAGAAAACAACUUCACCGCCAGGAAUAUAAGUGAUGAGACUAAGAACUUAUGUGGAUUGAUCGAAAAAAUACAUGCAUUCAUUAUUUCUGCCUUCCCUCAGAUAAAAUCUGGCCAGGAGCAUCUAGAGAAUCUUGGCGAGAAAUCUCGUCACGAAGUUAAAUCUGAAUUGAGUCGAAUCUCCGAAUAUUUGUUAACUAUCCAAACCAUUCUUGGUAAGGCAUCCAACACAAUUGAUAACACUUUUAGUGAAGUCAUCAAACCUUAUCAUUAUCAAGAUAUCACCCAUCCCAUGUCGGCUUUAAGCGACAGCAUGAAGAAAGAUAUUCAAAAAUUUGAUACGGUUGUACAAAAUUUCAUGGAAAAAGUUGAGGAAAAUAAAAUUCUUCUAAAUUCAAUUACGGAAACAAUAAAGGAUAAAAUAUCCAUAAAUUUAACAGAUAAUGGUGAUAAUAACGCUCCAAAUCAAGGAAUAAGGCAAAUACAACAGAAUACGUCUCUUAAUGAUGAGAUAUGCUUCUCAACAGAAAUUGGAGCUAUUCGCUCACAAAAUUAUAGCAUUGAUAGCUAUCAAGUUGGAGAAAAAGAAGCCAUCAAAAGGAAUAUAUUUUCAGGUUUAAAUCCUCUAACUACUGUAAAUGACUGGCAAAAACAGCCUCUUAAUUUUCCGGUUGAAGGAAAAGUAGCAACUAUUUGCAGCAUUGAUUCUGGAAACCAAAUUUUACAAACAGAUUCUCAAUCACAGGGUAAAAAUUCUAGGCUUGAACUAACGCCGGAAUGCAUCGUUAAAGAUAAAGAUUGUCUGUUGAAAAUAGAUUUCCCCUCUCAAUCUGAUAAUCAAAACAAAAAUUAUUUAUCUGUGGAAUCGAAGGAAAAAACUACAAGAAAUAUCAAAAUUGCUGAGCACAUUCAACAAAAUAUUGUUAUACCAAUAAAUAACAUUACUACAUUAAUAAUUCAAUCGGAAUGUAAAGAUGAAACUGAGGAAAGUGACAAAUAUUUAGUUUUAUCAGCCGGAGCCGCUACACCAGCUAUCGAUACUGGUCAUAAUAUUAAGGAAAAUGAUUUUUUUAUCGAUGAUAACGUCGUCAGAGCUGGAGUGACAUCAGAAUGUAAAGCUAAUACUGACCAAUAUAUCGAGGGAUCGAAUCUUGAUGAAGAAUCCGCUGUUCCAGUUGAGCCUCAUUUCCAGGUUGCAUCUAAAAUCACAGCCCAGUCUGAUUUGCAAAAUGAAAUACAUGGCCCCUCAAUCGACAUCAAAGAUAUCGUUCGCAGUCAUAAUUUCAUUCCUCAUGUUGACCAAGUUUAUUUGCAUGAGCUAGGGCAAUUUCAAGAUGAUACUGUGGACUUUAUGGAAGAUUCAAAUUCACUAGUCAUACGUAAGCCACCAUGUGAAUCUAAUAUUCCAAUUGACCUCGAUACCAUUCGAGAAUUAUAUUUGCCAAAUGAAAUCAGUAAACCGAUUCAUGACGUCCACCAUAUUGACCACAGUGUUGAUUUAAAUCAAGAUCAUGAUGUUGUUCCUUUAAAUGAGGCCACCCAUUUAGGAGACAAUUCUUCCGAAUUCAAGCGAAAAACCGGCCUGCAAGUCAAGUCCGUGAUCCCAUUUGAUUGUGAUGUCAUAGUGCAAUCCAACUUUGCAACUGAAACCAGUGAAAAAACAUACACCGCUGAAAGUAUUGCUAGCAGUGCUAAUUUGAUUCAAAAUAAUGACAAAGUUCCACUGGAAAAUGCCACGGAAUCCAUGCACAAUCUAGCGGACUACAUUGGAGAAUCAACAGUACCAAAAGAAAUUGAUGCCUCACAUGAGUCUUUAAUUCUGGAUGAAGCUAAUGUUAAUUGCAAAUUAAACUUGGCAACUGAAAUUGUCCCUUUACCAAUCGAAAAUAACAACAUCGCUUACAGUGAUGAUUUGAUUCAAGAAAACAACGGAUCAUACUUGCAUGAAGAAACAGCUCAAGAAGAACCUGAUAAUUCGUUCGAGUCUACAAUACCCAGGGGACCAGAUGUGACUGUGGAACUAGAUCUGCCAACCAGAGCCUGUGAUUCUGAUAUUGACGAGGACGAGAUAGUUUGUGGUGGGGACUCGAUUCAAAAUGACGAUGUUGUUCGUUCGGAUGAAGCCAUUGAGUUCCAUGACGAACCCACAGACUGCAUCGAAGAAGCGGAAGCUAAAGAGGAACCUGAUGAUUCGUUCGAGUCUACAAAACCCAGGGGACCAGAUAUGACUGUGGAACUAGAUCUGCCAACCAGAGCCUGUGAUUCUGAUAUUGACGAGGACGAGAUAGUUUGUGGUGGGGACUCGAUUCAAAAUGACGAUGUUGUUCGUUCGGAUGAGGCCAUUGAGGUCCAUGGCGAACCCACAGACUGCAUCGAAGAAGCGGAAGCUAAAGAGGAACCUGAUGAUUCGUUCGAGUCUACAAAACCCAGGGGACCAGAUAUGACUGUGGAACUAGAUCUGCCAACCAGAGCCUGUGAUUCUGAUAUUGACGAGGACGAGAUAGUUUGUGGUGGGGACUCGAUUCAAAAUGACGAUGUUGUUCGUUCGGAUGAGGCCAUUGAGGUCCAUGGCGAACCCACAGACUGCAUCGAAGAAGCGGAAGCUAAAGAGGAACCUGAUGACUCGUUCGAGUCUACACAUCUGGAUGAAUCCGAUGAACACGAAGUGACUGUGGGAUUGGAUCUGCCAACAGAAAUCGUGGCGCCAACAAUUGAAAUGAACGAUAUCAUUUGCAGUGCGGACUCGAUACAAAAUGACGAUGUUGUUCGUUCGGAUGAGGCCAUUGAGGUCCAUGACGAACCCACAGACUGCAUCGAAGAAGCGGAAGCUAAAAAGGAACCUGAUGAUUCGUUCGAGUCUACACAUCUGGAUGAAUCCGAUGAACACGAAGUGACUGUGGGAUUGGAUCUGCCAACAGAAAUCGUGGCGCCAACAAUUGAAAUGAACGAUAUCAUUUGCAGUGCGGACUCGAUUCAAAAUGACGAUGUUGUUCGUUCGGAUGAGGCCAUUGAGGUCCAUGGCGAACCCACAGACUGCAUCGAAGAAGCGGAAGCUAAAGAGGAACCUGAUGACUCGUUCGAGUCUACACAUCUGGAUGAAUCCGAUGAACACGAAGUGACUGUGGGAUUGGAUCUGCCAACAGAAAUCGUGGCGCCAACAAUUGAAAUGAACCAGAUCAUUUGCAGUGCGGACUCGAUUCAAAAUGACGAUGUUGUUCGUUCGGAUGAGGCCAUUGAGGUCCAUGACGAACCCACAGACUGCAUCGAAGAAGCGGAAGCUAAAGAGGAACCUGAUGAUUCGUUCGAGUCUACACAUCUGGAUGAAUCCGAUGAACACGAAGUGACUGUGGAACUAGAUCUGCCAACCAGAGCCUGUGAUUCUGAUGUUGACGAGGACGAGAUCAUUUGCAGUGCGGACUCGAUUCAAAAUGACGAUGUUGUUCGUUCGGAUGAGGCCAUUGAGGUCCAUGACGAACCCACAGACUGCAUCGAAGAAGCGGAAGCUAAAGAGGAACCUGAUGAUUCGUUCGAGUCUACACAUCUGGAUGAAUCCGAUGAACACGAAGUGACUGUGGGAUUGGAUCUGCCAACAGAAAUCGUGGCGCCAACAAUUGAAAUGAACGAUAUCAUUUGCAGUGCGGACUCGAUUCAAAAUGACGAUGUUGUUCGUUCGGAUGAGGCCAUUGAGGUCCAUGACGAACCCACAGACUGCAUCGAAGAAGCGGAAGCUAAAGAGGAACCUGAUGAUUCGUUCGAGUCUACACAUCUGGAUGAAUCCGAUGAACACGAAGUGACUGUGGGAUUGGAUCUGCCAACAGAAAUCGUGGCGCCAACAAUUGAAAUGAACGAUAUCAUUUGCAGUGCGGACUCGAUUCAAAAUGACGAUGUUGUUCGUUCGGAUGAGGCCAUUGAGGUCCAUGACGAACCCACAGACUGCAUCGAAGAAGCGGAAGCUAAAGAGGAACCUGAUGAUUCGUUCGAGUCUACACAUCUGGAUGAAUCCGAUGAACACGAAGUGACUGUGGAACUAGAUCUGCCAACCAGAGCCUGUGAUUCUGAUGUUGACGAGGACGAGAUCAUUUGCAGUGCGGACUCGAUUCAAAAUGACGAUGUUGUUCGUUCGGAUGAGGCCAUUGAGGUCCAUGACGAACCCACAGACUGCAUCGAAGAAGCGGAAGCUAAAAAGGAACCUGAUGAUUCGUUCGAGUCUACACAUCUGGAUGAAUCCGAUGAACACGAAGUGACUGUGGGAUUGGAUCUGCCAACAGAAAUCGUGGCGCCAACAAUUGAAAUGAACGAUAUCAUUUGCAGUGCGGACUCGAUUCAAAAUGACGAUGUUGUUCGUUCGGAUGAGGCCAUUGAGGUCCAUGACGAACCCACAGACUGCAUCGAAGAAGCGGAAGCUAAAGAGGAACCUGAUGAUUCGUUCGAGUCUACACAUCUGGAUGAAUCCGAUGAACACGAAGUGACUGUGGAACUAGAUCUGCCAACCAGAGACUGUGAUUCUGAUGUUGACGAGGACGAGAUCAUUUGCAGUGCGGACUCGAUUCAAAAUGACGAUGUUGUUCGUUCGGAUGAGGCCAUUGAGGUCCAUGACGAACCCACAGACUGCAUCGAAGAAGCGGAAGCUAAAGAGGAACCUGAUGAUUCGUUCGAGUCUACACAUCUGGAUGAAUCCGAUGAACACGAAGUGACUGUGGGACUAGAUCUGCCAACAGAAAUCGUGGCGCCAACAAUUGAAAUGAACGAUAUCAUUUGCAGUGCGGACUCGAUACAAAAUGACGAUGUUGUUCGUUCGGAUGAGGCCAUUGAGGUCCAUGACGAACCCACAGACUGCAUCGAAGAAGCGGAAGCUAAAGAGGAACCUGAUGAUUCGUUCGAGUCUACACAUCUGGAUGAAUCCGAUGAACACGAAGUGACUGUGGCACUAGAUCUGCCAACAGAAAUCGUGGCGCCAACAAUUGAAAUGAACCAGAUCAUUUGCAGUGCGGACUCGAUUCAAAAUGAUUAUAUUGUUUGUUCGGAUGAAGCCAUGGAGUUCCACAACGAUCCCAUUGACUGCACCGAAGAUGCAAUAGGACAAGAUGAUCCGGAAGCUACAGCAGAAUUAACAGAACUUGAUGAAGGCGACAAAUCUGAGGCGGGUCAAGAACUUGAACUGCCAUCAAGAGGUUGUGAAUCAGAAAUGAUAAUUGAGGAGAAUGUGUUGAGUGAUGUAAUGCCACAAAAGGAAGUUAGGGCAUUUUGGAGUGGGCCUUGUGAAGGUCAACAAGAUAUUGUGAAUGUCCUUGACGAAAUAUUUGUACCAGUGAUGUCAGAUCUUCGAAUUGAACCUCAAAUCAGUUGUGAUUCUGAUAUGCCAAUGGAAAUCCAUGCGGCAUCAAACGACUCGAACGAUAUCGCUUAUAGUGAGGAUUUGACGCAAAAAUAUGAAGAAUUUCGUUCCGAUGAAACACUCGAUAGUAUCCAUCAAGCUAUAGACUACAUCGAAGAAUCAACAGCUCAAGGGGAAACCUAUGCAAUGAACGGUCCAUUGCACUCAAGGGAACACGAUAUAAUUUUUGAAUUGGAAUUAGCAACCAGAGAUAAGGAAUCCGUAAUUGACGUGGAGGAGAUAGUGCGAAAUGAUAAUUUGUUUCAAGAUGAUAACAUAGUUCGCCAUAAUGAUGCUUUGGAAUGUCAAGGAGCCGCCGCAGAGGUCGUGGAAGAAAUUAACUUAAAAGUGAAGUCCGACAUACUAUGUGAGCCUGAGCUCUCAGUUGGACAUUAUGCCAAAAGCGAAAUUGAUUUAUCCAAUAAAAUUAGUGAACGAACACACGACGCUGAAAUUAUUGCUAAUAGUGUUAGUUUGAUUCAUUAUAAUGAGGCAGUUCAGUUGAAUGAAACCACGGAAUCUAUACACGAUCUAGCGGAUGAUAUCGGAGAAUCAAUAGUAGGAGAUGAAUCCGAUCCCUCGAAAGAAUCUUUGAACUCGAAUGAAGUUAAUAGUACUCUCGUAUCUGACUUGCCAACUGAAAUUAUCGCUUCAACAAUUGACGCGGACGACAUCGUUUGUAGUGACGAUAUAAGUCAACAUGAUGACGUAGCGCGUACGGACAAGUUAAGGAAAUGUGAAGAAGCUGACGUGGAGUUCACGGAAGAAACCAUUCUACCCGUGCAUCCCAACAUUCAAUGCGAGUCUGAGUUUCUAGGCGAACAUUAUCCAGGUCGUGAAUUAGUUUUGCCAGCCGAAGUUGAUGGCCCCGCAAUCGAUGUUGGCGAGAUCGUUAGCGGUGAUGAUUUAAAACAACAUGCGGAAGUUAUUCGUUCGGAUGACUCAACUGAUUCCAAAUUCUUACCUGGGGGUUGUAUGGAAGAAACACAAGUUCUAGAUGAAACUAAUGCCUCGGAUGAGCCUUUACAUCAGGAUGAGCCUGAUAUCAAUCGGGAAUUUGACUUACUAACUGAAAAUAUCGUAUCAACCAUCAACGUGGAUGUUGUAUUUUGCAAGGACGAGCAUAUUCAACAUGCUGAAGUCGGUUUAGAUGUGGCACUUGAGUCCAGAGAUGAUUCGGAGAAAUUAAAUAAUGAUCUUGGAUUUUCUGCUGGUAGCGAUGAUGCGAUGCUUCUGGUCACUUCUAUUGUUCCAAUGAUAUCAGAGUCAGGGAAUGAAGAUAUUUCGUUUGGAAAUAAAUUAUUAGAAAAAGAUGACGAUGGAUCGCCGAAAGUUGUAAAUAAGUGCGAAUCUGAUUCGAUCGAUUUGAGCCGGGCGGAAAUUCUUUCCAAGUAUUUCGUACCAAAGAACGAAAUUAAUCGAAGCACUAAGGGAAAUGAUGAAUCUUCAGGGGAUAAAGAAGACGUAUUUGAAGGUGUAUUGUCAUGCAAAGAUGAAGCGAAGGAAUGUAUAAAGGAAACAGAUAUGCCUGCUGGAUCUUUGGAAUGUAUUUGUGAUAACGUUGAUAACAUUCAAGGAAAUAUAAUUGAAGAAUUGGAUGAUAAUGAAGGAAUUGCAACGGCAUUUGAACCCAAUGUUAUUGUUGCGCACAAUACGAAAGUAGCAGAAUUUCCGGUAGAAUCUGUGGAAUUAAUCCAUGAUAAUGAUAAGGUUUUGCUCAAAAAUUUUCAUCGAACAGCGGUCGAUAAUACUGAGACGAUGUUGGCAAAGAAAUCAAUAGUACAUGCUGAGACUAGUUCUGAUGAGGAAAUUGAACAUAAUUUGGAUGUAAUAGACGUCGAUACGAAGACAAAAUCUCUGUCCGAUGUUUCAAAAACUAGGUUAUCAAUGCACGAAGAUUCGAUUGAAGAAAUUGAAUCAUCGAUUAAAAACUCAGGGAAUUUCGAUAUUAUGGAAGGUUUAAUUAUUGAUGCAGUAGCAACAGAUUCGGUAGAUUGCUUCUUUGAUGGAAAUGGAAACACUGAAAACAGCGUCACAGAAAGUCAUUACAUUCUCUCUCCUAAAAACCAUGCUUUAGAAAACUUAGUGCCAGAAGAAAUUUCACUGGGAAUGGAGAUAUUACGCGAAGAUUCUGGCGCAGACAUUGAACUUCCACCCGAUCAAACUACGGACCAUUCUACGAAAAUAACCAAAAGCACGAAGAUAGAUAGAAAACCUGUUUCUAUUCAUGCGGAGUCUCAUAUCUUCGAACGCAAGGAACUUAAGAAGAGUAUAUUAAAAGAAGAGACUUCGGCUGAAGUCGGUAAUUAUGACUGCGCUGAAAUUGCUGAUAUGGAUGACGGCUAUUUGAAAGGCGAGAUAAAAUUAAAACGGGUUGACACAGAUUGUAGUGAUGUAGAAUUUGCUGAAACGACGAAAAUGCCUUUGCAAGAACAAAUCUCGAUGGAAAAUAGUGUUGAUACAAAUUGCACAAGAUUUGAUAAGAAAGCUGGAUUAAUGCCAAAAAAAGAGAUUUUUACAGAGGAUACUGAUCAAAAGGUUGAUGCCUCCAAGGCUAUGGAAAUUAACGAGGUUAUAGUCUUCAAAAGAUUACCAUCAGAAGUUGAUAAUAUAUUAGGGGGGGCAAAACACGCUGAGAUGAAUACGAGUAUGGAGAAUGUAGUAACACCUAAACAAUCCGAGACUUCUGUUGACGAAGCAGAAUUUGAUGUAAUAGAGGUGUUGCGAAAAGAAAUACCAGGAAUACCAUUGAACAUCAGAAAAAGACAAUUCGUUCCGACAGAGAAAUUAACAACUGAUGAACAAAUAUUGAAUAAGGUACUAGAACCUGAAUUAGAAGCAAACAGUCCACAAAAUAAAAUUGUCGAGAAAUUAGAUAUAGAUGAAAAGCUUAUUUCGCAAGUUCAAACCGACAAAAAAACCCUGGAUGAGAAUCUAACAAUCGAUGUCACAAGGGAGAGACUCAAUUUUGAUGGAAGACCAGGAAAUAUUAUUGAAGAUAAAAAGUGCUUAUUUGGAAAUUGGGAAGGUCUAGAGGUCACAAAGUCACGUAAUCAUGAAGCUGAAUAUAGCAGUGGCGAGACAAUUCUAAAGAGUGAAAAUGAAGACGACUCAUCGUGUGUGGAAUAUAAAAGUCUGAUGAUUCCACGUAAAAGGUCGGAAAAGUUUGAGGAACUGAUAAGAAAGUUUGAAGAACCUGAAGACGAAUAA